GAAUGAGAGAAAGCAUCUGGAAAAGUGAAAUGUUUGCUAUUCAGUGAGCUGCAGAAACACACCCAGGUUUUCUUAUCAUUUUCAGGUCCAUUUGUCAUUUUUAUGCCUGGUGUAUUUGCUCAGUUUGUUUCACUGGAUGUUUUGAGGCAGCACGAUGAUCCCGAGCAUUUUACUGAUCUCGGCUCGGAUGCUGGCAUUUAUGUGCCUCCUGAUGUCAUGCUCGGGGUAUCUGAUUCUGCAUGAAGGAGAGAAAUGCGGAGAAAACAAAGAGGGCGCGUGCGAGUCUGGUCUAAUUUGUGUGCCCAGUGAACCCCCGAUGGAUUUUUAUGCUGAAGGAAUUUGCACCAGGGUUCCAAAUUGCAACUGCUCCGAGUUUCAGUGUCCACCGCGACGCCGUAGCUGCUACAGCCGAAUGGUGACUGAUCCGUGUGGGUGUUGUUCCCACUGCCCCAAGCGGAAGGGCCAGGUGUGCGGUGGGCCGAGCUGGAAAUAUGGUAACUGUGAUUCAGAUUUAGUUUGCGCCCUUACUGUUGGGAUUGAAUCGGUCACAUCUCCACAAACAGGCGUGUGCAAAGCGGUUCCAAAUCAUCUCAAAAACGUCUUAGUCAGACCUCCAUGUCCUGUUCAAUAUGGCUGCAACGUGCAUGUGGGAACUUGUGAUUGUUAUUCGGAUCAAUCCUGUGAAGCAUCUUUUAGUUAUAACACAUAUGAUGCCUGCGAUAAAGUUCUAACGGCUGACAGGAUGUAUUUUUACGAAGAAAAACAGCCUGACGAACCAGAGCCGCCAAAACCUGAAUAUGUGUGUAAUGAGUAUGGAUGUGAGGUUCAGAGCUGCAAGUGUGUGUGUGGAUAUAGAAAGUGUGUCUACUUUAGUACUCCAAUGUACGAGGCCGACUGCUGCAACCUGCUGAAGGAAUCUGGAUGUCCUAAUGCGACCUGUCCUGAGAUUCCUGCUCCACCUUGUCCAGCAGACUCCUUCAUCAGUGAACCCCACAUUGAACCCGGUCAGUGCUGCCCUGUUAUUCCUGCUGUGUGCACAUGCAACUUCCAGACCUGCGAUCCAAAACCCACAUACUGCCCCAAUCGUGGACUUCCCAAACUCAUCGUGAAGGGCAACGGCCACCCGGGGACCUGCUGCGACCGUUAUGAGUGUGUGAAUGAGUAGAUUAAUUAGUACUCACCUGCACACACACACACACACACACACACACACACACACACACACACACACUUUAACCUGUUUUGAUUCAAACCCUACAAUGUUUUUUCUUCCCUCCUUUACACAUCAGGUUCAUGAAAAGCCUUGCAUUUGUCUCAAUAAAGCUCAAUCAGGGAAUUGUACUUUAUAAAAAUGUAGAUGUGUCAGCAGAUUGUUUUCUCAGAUAAAAUCAUUUAAAACAGGGAUUGAAUGAUUUACAGCAAUUUCUGGUUUUACCUUCUUAACUGAACUUAUUUACUUGUCGUAAAGGUUGAAUUUUAUGUCUUAUUUUAACCUGUGUACUGUCUAAUAGUUACAUUUAUUACCUUGUAUUAAAGAAAAUAUUUUAUACAAUUCAAUAAAUUCCAUCACCUGCAAAGA